AUGUCGGAGCCGGAGCACCUGGGCGGGAAGCGGGCCGAGUCGGCGCGGCUGCGGCGGGCCGAGCAGCUGCGGCGCUGGAAGGGCUCCCUGACCGAGCAGGAGCCGGUGGCGGCGGGGGGCGGCCGAGGGCGGCACCGAGGGGCCGGGGGAUCCCGCGUCCGGUUCGAGGAGGGCGCCGUGUUCCUGGCCGCCUGCUCCAGCGGGGACACCGAGGAGGUGAAGCGGCUGCUGGGCCGCGGCGCCCGCGUCGACACCACCAACGUGGAUGGGCUGACGGCGCUGCACCAGGCCUGUAUAGAUGAGAACCUGGACAUGGUGAAGUUCCUUGUGGAAAAUGGAGCCAAUGUGAACCAGCAAGAUAACGAGGGCUGGACCCCCCUGCACGCCGUGGCAUCGUGUGGCUACCUGAACAUUGCAGAGUACUUAAUUAGUCAUGGAGCCAACGUGGCUGCUGUGAACAGCGAAGGUGAAGUCCCGUCUGACAUUGCAGAGGAGGCAGCCAUGAAGGACCUGCUUCUGGAACAAGUAAAGAAACAAGGUGUAGACCUAGACCUGGCAAGGAAAGAAGAGGAGCAGCAGAUGCUGCAGGAUGCCCGGCAGUGGCUGAACAGCGGGAGAAUUGAAGAUGUAAAGCAGCCUCAGACGGGUGCCACAGCUCUUCACGUGGCUUCAGCAAAGGGCUAUUCUGAAGUCAUGAGGCUGUUGAUCCAGGCUGGGUUUAAUUUGAACGUCCAGGACAACGAUGGCUGGACUCCACUGCACGCUGCUGCACACUGGGGGGUGAAGGAGGCCUGCUCCAUCUUGGCUGAGGCGCUGUGUGACAUGGAUGUCAGGAACAAGCUGGGCCAGACUCCAUUCGACGUGGCCGAUGAGGGGCUGGUGGAGCAUUUAGAAAUGCUGCAGAAGAAACAGACGGUGCUGCGAAGUGAGAAGGAGACGAGGAAUAAGCUGAUUGAAGCUGACAUGAAUGGCAAACCUCAAAGUGGAGUCUUCAUGAACAAAGAGAAAAUUCUCUAUGAGGAAGAUAGGCUGAAGACCACAGAUAUGGAGGAAGAGAACAAAGACUCGAGCAGUUCUAGCUCUGAAGAAGAGGAAGAAGCUGAAGAAGAUGAAGUUUCAGAAUCAGAUGCUGAAAAGGAAUCAGAAAGGAAGGAAGAGUCCUUUGCCAACAACUCCAGCCACGAAACCAGGCCCAGCGUCACUGAGCAAAUACCACCACCAGAGUCCAACUCCUUCACUGCCUCUGCCAGAAGGUUCAGUUGGCUCAGCAGGUCGGAUGAGCAGAAGGAUGAGUCGCCCUCCUCGUGGCGGUUGGGUCUGCGGAAGACUGGCAGCCACAACACCCUGAGCGAAGUCGCUGCCCCCCGUGAGGCACAGAGGGAGAAGGCAGCUUCUAUCUAUCGAUCCUCGUCCACCCCUCGGAUCUCUGCGUUAUUGGACAGCAAAGACAAGGAUAAAGAGAACAAGAGCUAUCUGGCCACAAUAGCCCCCAGAAGGCUGAGCAGUGCAAGUGACAUAGAGGAGAAAGAAAACAGAGAAUCAGCUGCUAACAUCGUGCGGAGCGGCUCCUACAGCCGGCAGCCGUGGAGGGAUGAAUCAAAGGGAAAUGAAGCUCCCCAUUCUGGGGCACCUCCUACCUACGUAUCUACGUACUUGAAAAGUGCUUCAUUUGGUAGAAGUAGUGACCUCAGCAGUCCCUACAUUUCAGCCAGUCGCAAUACAUCUCUAGCUACCUCACCCACUGCCAUUGGUUCAUCUACCUCACUGAGCACCCCGUGGCAACCUGCCUCUGCCUGCCCCACACCUCUCGGUGCGAACACUUCUGCAUCCACCUGCCAGCACACCAGAGCCCCUUUCAGGCAACAAACUGAUUCUGCCGUAGAGAGAAAUACAGAGGGCCUCUCUGCUAGCACCCCCCUAGGUGUAAUCACAAACCGUGCUGCACGCGGCUCUGCUUACGGUACUGCGAGUGCCGCUGCUGCCUCAACCACAGGAAAGGACUGCUCUGCUGAGGAAGCCAGGGAGCGCAGAAGGUCAUACCUGACCCCGGUGCGGGAUGAGGAGGCCGAGUCGCUGAGGAAGGCGCGAUCCAGGCAGGCCCGGCAGACACGCAGAUCCACCCAGGGUGUAACGCUGACGGACCUUCAGGAGGCAGAGAGAACCUUCAGCCGCUCCCGGGCAGAACGGCAGGCUCAGGAGCAGCAGAGCGAGAAGGCUGAGAGCGCUGCUGAGGACAGUGAGAGGCAGGAGAGCCGCACACGGUGGAGCAGAAAUGCAGAUGAGGAGGCUGUCUAUCGGCGAUUAAGGUGCCCAGUGCAAGCAGACAAACCCACAACACCUGUAUCUCCUUCUACGUCAGCUCCUCUCCUUUAUACAAGCUCUUACCUAACUCGAACAAAUAAAUAUCUGGGUCUUGACUCUGUGAAUCCAGCAGACUUCACAGCUGUGGCCACAGAGAUGGAGAAGAACGAGCGCGAAGACGCGGAUCUGGACGACAGAUCUCCAAACAAGCAGUCGAUCCGAGAGAGGCGGCGGCCAAAAGAGCGGCGAAGAGGCACUGGCAUCAUUUUCUCAACAAAAGAUGAUGAUGACGACGUUGAUGGAAAUGAGGAAGUGAAGGAAAGUCGGCAUGAACGACUUUCCAGGUUGGAAGCAGCUACAGCCCCUGCCACCAGUGACUCCUACAGCGACCGUGCCUCCAGCCGCUCCAGUGCCUACAGCCGCAGAGAGAACCGCCUAGCAGCCCUCAGCAGCAGGGCAGAAGAGGAGAGCAACAGGGACUACAAAAAGUUGUACGAAAGCGCCCUGUCUGAAAAUCAAAAGCUGAAGUCAAAACUGCAAGAAGCGCAGCUCGAGCUGGCUGACAUCAAAUCCAAGUUGGAAAAGGCAGCCCAGCAGAAACAGGAGAAAACUUCUGACCGGUCCAGCAUGCUGGAGAUGGAGAAAAGGGAGAAGCGAGCCCUGGAGCGGAAACUCUCUGAAAUGGAGGAGGAGAUGAAGAUUCUGACGGAGCUGAAAUCGGACAAUCAAAGGCUGAAGGACGAAAACGGGGCACUCAUUCGUGUCAUCAGCAAACUCUCCAAGUAGGGAGCCGAGCUGCAGGACGGGGGGGUGCCCUGCUGAGCCCUGCCCCUUCCUCCUGCCCCCCGCGCAGCAGCAUUGCAGCCACGGCAUCAGCAUCGCUCCUCCCUGCCCUCGGCUGGACGCUCCCUGUCUGCCCUUUCCCCCCCACAGCACACACCCCGGCCAUUCUGUUUUAAUUUCAGCAUGUUGUGCUAUCUCGGACGUUUGACUCAAGGGAGGAGGAUGUGGAGUGGUGCUGAGCUGCCAAAACUUCUCCUUCCAGCAGCCCACGGUGUUUGGGAGGGAGCUCUGCUGUGCAAAGCGAUGCCCACGGAGCUGGUGCUGCACAUCUGUGCCCUUUGCAGGUGGGACCUGGACCGUGGGCCAGGAUUCUGCAGACACCCAUCAGCCCGUGUGCAAUGUGGGACUUUGGUUGAAAUGUGAUGCUACGAGGAACGGCAGCAGAGCUGAUUCCUUCAGCACGUGGGGACGGCUGCUUUGCACAGAGACCUGGCUGGUUUUUAUUUAAUGUCAGAUUGCAGAUCUGGUGGGUAAAUGCCCUUCCUGUGCAGCUGGUGAUGGGGUGCCGUGCUGCAAACCCUGGGGCUCCCACCAAGCUCCCUGCACUCAGCAGCACCUGGGACCUGCACCCGGACCGCUGUUCUCAGGAUGGAAUUGCAGACAUUUGCCAAACUUUCUGAAGAAGGAGCCUGGUGUGGUGUGUUGGUUGGGAGGCUGCCAUCAGGCAGAGCCCUGCAGAGGAGCCUGGGCAGAUAUUUCAGGUCCUGCAAUGGCUUUUCAGCAUCAGGCUGACCAGCUGAACCGCAGCACGGUUUUGUUUCUGGGGAAUGGAAAUGAGGGGGGCAAUGAGCCCUGGUGGCACAGAUCCUCGCAGGUGGGCUUUGGGGCACUGGGCACGGAGCUGCAGUAGCUGUGCUCCAGGUGCCCGGGGGUCUUUGGGGGCUGGGAGCUGAGUGGGAAUGCUGGGAGCUGCAUCAGAGUCUUUUCAUCCACCAGAAGUUUGCAGUCCGCCUCAGCCUUGAAGGAAACCUCAAAAAACAAAAACAAAACCCAACCCUCUGUAUGUUGUACGGACUCAGAACAGUUUGAAAUUGUUCUCCCUGUGGGCAUUCAGGCAGCGACUCCUGCAUGUGCUGCAUGCUGCCCUGCUGAGCUCCCAUACCAGACCGCUCUCCUCGCAGUGUGCAGCCCCUCUCCCUCAUCCUCCCCCCUCAUUGCCUUUGUCCCUCCGUUUCCCACUUUGUGCCAUGGGCUCCUCGUGCUCGGAGUGGCAGCAGCCGCGCACGGCAGCUCUGUGCUGAGGUGCAGAUGGAUACUUGAACAUGAGUACAACUAAGUUUGCUCAACAGGGUAAAAAUUCAUCUGCCUGUCCUGGGCUUCUUGGAGCCUCCUGCUGGUUAUCACCUGUGCAUUUUCCUCUCCCUGGGGGCUUUUUUGUUUCUUUCUAAUUCUCCAUUUUCUCCUCCCGUCCUCCCAUCCCACCUCAGCUCUCUCUGCUGGCUGGGCUCAGGGCAGCUCAGCACGGAGCUCCCACUGCUCCUCUUUGCGCCAUUCUCCGGUGCAGCGCGGCCGUUCCUCUGCUGCUGUGCUUCGGGGAGGAGGAGAAGCGCUUUGGCAUCACCGGGGCUCCUGCAGAGCGCUGCCCACACCGGGCAGGCAGUAUUACUGCUUCACGUAUCCCUGCUUUAUGGAACAGCUUUAAGCCCUGUGCUCCGGUCAGUGCUUUCCCUGCACGCCGCUCCCCCUCGGUGCGCCCUGUGUGAGCGCUGCUGCAUCUCUCCACGUUCUCUCCCACCCUCACCCCGGGCUUGGCUGCAGCAGCGCUGCCCUGUCCCAAUCCCGGUCCGCAGGCAGGGACAGCCCGAGCUCCCGGCUGCUGGGAGAAGCUCAGCCCGAGCUGACGACAUCCGCACCGGCGCUGCGCCCCUUCCUGCAGGGGCUGCCGCUGCGCUCUGCCCACGAGGAGCCGUUAUGCGAAGGGCGCGGAGCCAAAGCGCCGCUGGGAUGCAGCGCUGCUCGCCCCUUCGUGCUCGCAGCCGACGCUCCGUGCUGACGAUGGGAGCGCAAACCCCGCGGGUGAGGAGGACUCGGGGCUCUCAGUGCGUCUGCAGGAAGCACCGAGGUGGCGGUGGGUGCGACGCCGUGCUCUGCGCUGGGCACGGAGCGCAAAGGAAGCGGAUUUUAACGCUGCUCCCUCCUUGAAGCUGAGUUUGUCUGACGUGCCUCCUUUGGAGAACACGGAGCUUUUUUUCUAAGCAGUGCUUGGGGUGAAUUCGUUUUUAUUGCUUGGGGUGAACCCUGUUGUGGCUGCGAGUUUGAUGGUGGCUCUUUGUAAAUAACUUCCUGGAGGAAGCAGGACUGCGUUCCAGAUGGGGAGAGAAUGUAUUUUUAUGCAACUUUGAGUGGCCUUUCAAACCCUGAGAUGAAUGAUUUGUUUUACUGGUUGUUGUUAUAUAGUAUUAUAAGUAUUAUGUGUUUGAAAGUUUGGGAAUAAUAUUCACAUCUAUGAUGCUUGUAAACACAACAGUAUUUAUAAAUAAAUAAAAUAAGAGUUGAUAAAAUAGAAA